CACGAGGGUGGAGAUGCCAAAACAAAACGUAGUUUGGAGUUGGAGUUAGAGAAGAUCUGACGCCGGCCUGACUGGUAUUGGUAUUCCACCACCAUAGUAUUAGCCGAGGAGGAGCGACUGUCUCGACGCAAUCGAGAAGCGAAGGCAGAGCAUGGCGAAGGUGGGCGGCGGAAUGCGGUUAGCGGUGACGGAGAUCGAGCGCCUCCUUAAUUACACCUUCCGUGAUCCCUCUCUACUGGAGGAGGCCCUCACCCACUCCUCCUAUGCUGGCCACCGCUCGUAUGAGCGCCUUGAGUUCGUCGGCGAUGCCGUCCUUGGCCUUGCCAUCACCAGCUUCUUCUACCUCUCCGAUCCCACACUGGAACCCGGAUUCCUGACCGAGCUCCGCAUAGCCAAUGCCUCCACCGAGAAGCUCGCCCGAGUCGCCGUCCGCCACCGUCUCUACCGAUUCCUCCGCCGCAUCUGCCGCGACCUCGAUCAGUUGGUGAGCAAAUUCACGGAUUUGGCGAUGAUGGAGCCCGAGGAAGACAUCGUUCAAAUGACGUACGGCGGUACCACCCUCGAAGCCCCCAAAGUGCUAGCCGAUAUCGUCGAGUCUAUCGCGGCCGCAGUCUACUUCGACUGCGAUUCCGAUCUGCAGUUGUUCUGGACGGUUUUCAGGGGCAUCUUGGAGCCGAUCAUCACUCCGGAGAUGAUGAAGGAGCACCCCGUGAUGGCCCUCUAUAAGCUUUGUCAGAAGCACCGCAAAAUAGUCGAUAUUUCGAGUUCUUUUGAUGGUUCUUCGAACACUGUCAAGGUCGUCGUGGACGGAGAAGUCAUGGGCAUUGGCUUCUCCAAACAGAAGAAUCUCGCAAGGCUUCACGCGGCGAGAGAUGCGCUGCAAAGGCUGUCUGCCUUGCAGGCAGCUGAUAGGGAGGAAGGUGACGCGGGGGCCGAGGCGGAAGUUGGAGCAAAGCAGAAACUAAACGAGCUAUGCAACAAGAAACAUUGGAUGAAUCCCACGUACAGGAUUGAACAAGAACAAGGGCCUGAUCAUUGUAAAACGUUCAUCUGCUCUGUUCAAGUCAAAACCGAAGACAAAAUCUUUGUCAUCUCUGGGGACUCAAAGCCAAAAGUGAGAGUUGCAGAAAAUUCAGCAGCAUUCAAGAUGCUAACAGAAGUACUGGGGGAUGCAAUUAUCCCAUCCUGCACCUGAUUUGUGCUUGAUAAAACGCUCUCUUUUACUGGCAGCUGGUGAAGUGCAGACUUGCAGUCAGGUCGAACGCAUCCCUUCCAAGCCCCCCUGAUCCAGUGGCAUUGGAGUUGUUCUACUGUUCUUCUUCUAUGUAGAUUUUAUGAUGCUUAGCCCCUCACUGUUGCAGAGGUUUUAGUGUUUUAAAUUGCGUAGCUCGUUCAUGUACUAUCUAACAGCGUGUAAGCAUUUGAAUCACUUCAUUAGGUAAAACAACAAGAGGGCAUUUUAUCAAA